AUACGUAAACAAUAUCCGGGCGUAUUAUUAACAACUGCUGAUACAUAUAAUUUCUGAUACCUGUUAUUAUCAUUAACAAACCAGACUAAUAUUGCAUAUUGGCUGUUGAAGCAUUAUGUUUGUUUGGCGAUAAAUAUAUCAGACUCUGUCGAGAUAAAAUACGAGUAUAUUAAAUCUACCGUUUAGUGUUUACGUAAUCGUAGUCGGAGCAAGCGGAGUGACAAGUAGCAUCUACUCUGCAGUUCUGCACUGACGUGACUAACCGCUGCGCCGCGCGUUUUAAAUUGCCUUUAUAACAAAAUCAUUCCGCAGUGACUUCACUGUUGUAUUUACGCAGUCCAUCAUAUAAAUCUUUUCAUCUACAUAAAACUAUAACAUGGCUGAUAAAAAAUACGUUUUGGGCAUGGAUAUUGGUACAACAUCAGUGAAAGUAUGCGUUUUUGAUUCAGACGCGAAGGAAAUAGUCGCCAAACAAAGCAAAGAUACAGCAGCUAACAUCCCAAGUGAUCAAGGUAUAGAGGGGAAUAAGCAAGAUGUGCCCAAAAUAGUAUCAGCUGUUCAUUACUGUGUUUCGCGUCUUCCUAGAGAUAUAUUACGACAUGUGACAAAGAUUGGCGUCUGCGGCCAAAUGCACGGAGUUGUUUUAUGGAAAAAUGGAGCCUGGGAAAAAAUAGAAAAAGACGGUGUAAUCAACAGAUUUGAAGCAAUCAGAGAGAACAUGUCAGCAUUGUACACAUGGCAAGAUGUUAGAUGCAAACCUGAAUUUUUAGAGACCCUCCCCAAACCUGAUUCACACCUCAACUGUUAUUCAGGCUAUGGCUGUGCGACUCUUCUGUGGAUGUUGACACAUAAGCCAGAAAAACUAAAACAUUUUAACUGCUCUGCAACGGUACAAGACUUUGUUGUAGCAAUGCUAUGUGACCUUGACACACCCAUAACUUCAGACCAAAAUGCUGCAAGUUGGGGCUAUUUUAAUACAGAAAAACAUGAGUGGAAUAUAGACAUUCUAAAAGGUCUCAAUUUUCCAGUAAAUCUUCUUCCAAAGAUUAAAAAGAGUGGAGAAAUUGUGGGAUGCCUUAACAGCUCAUGGAAUGGAAUCCCUGAAGGUACACCUGUUGGAGUAGCAAUGGGUGAUCUCCAGUGCUCUAUAUUAGCAACUCUAGAAUCAAGAACUGAUGCUGUUUUAAACAUAUCUACGUCUGCACAACUUGCUUUUGUUGUGGAUGGUAUUUCAGAUAUAGGCUGUAAGACUGUUGAACAUCUGCCUUAUUUUAACAAUACUUAUUUACUUGUAGCUGCCUCUCUAAAUGGAGGUAAUGUAUUAGCAACUUUUGUAAAAAUGUUGCAACAAUGGAUGCUUGAAUUUGGAUUUCCUAUUCCACAGUCAAAAGUUUGGGAGAAAUUAAUUGCUAUGGGAUUAGAUGCACCAGCUGAAACAACAAUGAGAAUAUCCCCACUCCUACUUGGUGAGAGACAUUCGCCAACAGCAAGAGCCUCAGUAGAAAAUAUUGACCUAUCUAAUAUACAAUUAGGGCAAGUAUUUAGAUCUUUAUGUGAUAGCAUAAUUGAUAACUUACAUUUUAUGAUGCCUAAAGACAUAUUGCGCAAUGCAAAUAUAACAAGAAUUGUGGGAAAUGGUUCUGGUUUAUCAAGAAACAAAGUUUUGCAAAGGGCUGUUGAGCAUUAUUACAGUUUACCACUUGAGUUCACAUGUGGAGGGGAUGCGGCUAAAGGUGCAGCAAUUGCCGUGUUAAAUAUUAAAUGAUUUUUGUAAAAGUA